AUGUGUCCCUCCGCCGACGAGGUUGAGUCGAACGGUGUCAACGGACAGACUAACGGCGCCAAUGGCCACUCAAAUGGAGUGAAUGGCAAUGCCAGCCACCCGGGUUACACGGGAAUCAAUACCAACCCAACCCCACGAAAUGCCAGAAAUCCUUACAUGCCCGUGGGCGACUUCCUCAGCAACGUCGGCAGAUUUAAGAUUAUCGAGAGCACACUGAGAGAAGGCGAGCAGUUUGCGAAUGCCUACUUUGACACCGCCAAGAAGAUUGAAAUUGCAAAGGCUCUGGAUGAGUUCGGUGCAGACUAUAUCGAGCUGACCAGCCCGGCCGCCUCGGAGCAGUCUCGCAAGGACUGCGAGGCCAUCUGCAAGCUGGGCUUGAAGUCCAAAAUCCUCACCCACAUUCGGUGCCACAUGGACGAUGCAAGAAUAGCGGUCGAAACCGGUGUCGACGGCGUCGACGUCGUGAUCGGCACAUCCUCUUUCCUGAGAGAGCAUUCUCACGGCAAGGACAUGACCUAUAUCAAGAACACCGCCAUCGAGGUGAUCAACUUUGUCAAGUCCAAGGGCAUCGAGAUUCGAUUUUCCAGCGAAGACUCCUUCCGAUCUGAUCUGGUCGAUCUGCUGUCGCUCUAUCAAGCCGUGGAUAAGGUCGGUGUGAAUCGGGUGGGUAUCGCCGAUACCGUCGGAUGCGCUUCCCCCAGACAAGUUUAUGACCUUGUUCGAACACUGCGCGGUGUAGUCAGCUGCGACAUUGAGACCCAUUUUCACAACGAUACCGGCUGUGCUAUCGCCAACGCCUACUGUGCGUUAGAAGCGGGCGCUACCCACAUUGACACUUCAGUCCUCGGAAUUGGCGAGCGGAAUGGCAUUACCACGCUUGGCGGGCUGAUGGCUCGCAUGAUCACGGCCGACCGCGACUAUGUCAAGAGCAAGUACAAGCUGGAGAAGAUCAAGGACAUCGAGGAGUUGGUUGCCGAAGCGGUCGCCGUCAACAUCCCUUUUAACAACCCCAUUACCGGUUUCUGUGCCUUCACUCACAAGGCCGGUAUCCACGCCAAAGCCAUCCUGGCGAACCCGAGCACAUACGAAAUCAUUGAUCCCUCAGAUUUCGGUAUCGGACGAUACAUCCAUUUCGCUUCUCGCCUGACCGGAUGGAACGCCAUCAAGUCGAGAGCACAGCAGCUCAAGAUUGAGAUGACAGAUGCGCAAUACAAGGAGGUUACCGCAGCCAUCAAGCGACUGGCUGACAUCAGACCCAUUGCCAUUGAUGACGCGGAUUCGAUCAUCCACGCAUAUCAUCGCAACGUCAAGCUGGGCAAGAAGAACCCCGGGAACGAGGUCGAACUGCCCAACAUGACGGAGAAGGAAAAGCAACUGCUGGCAGAAAAGCAGCAAGAGGACCAAUUAGUACCGGAAAAGAGGCGUUUGGAAGAGGCCGUUGACGACCAGAUCGAGACGGAGCAGGCCGUUAAGAAGGCCCGGACGGGUGUCACGGCAUAG